GGACCAGUAUGCCAAUUUCAAAAAACAACCUUUUCACACAGUCGACAAAAAAGUUGCGUCGAAUAUAAAACGUUGGAUUGCUGAACGCGUUGAACAAUACGCUCUGGAAAUUGAUUUGAGUUCCUGGUAA